AAACUCUGAGACUAUGCUUAGGUUGUUACCUGCUUCUACGUUGUAAGUGUUAGUCUUUGUUAUAGAAGUGCCUGAUAUUUAAUUAAAGACAAAAAUCGAGUAAUUAUCUACAGUUUUGUGCUGCUUAACUUAAGGAUCUACAAAAAUUUCCACCUGCGGUUCUUCGCGCAGGUAAAGAGAGAGUAGACUAGAUCGAUCCGAAGCACGGAAAGAAAACAUUUUGUUCUUAAAAGAUAAACAAACCGGUGAAAGACCGAAUAAUUUGCAAUGGCGGCUACAAGCUGCGUUUUGUUGGAUAGGGGUAAUAAUACAACAUGUACGAUUAAUUUACAUGGUGCUACUGUCGUUUCUUGGAGAGUGAACAAUCAAGAGCAACUUUUUGUGAGUAAAGAAGCUAUAUUUGAUGGCAAAAAAGCAAUUAGAGGUGGAAUACCAUUUGUCUUCCCACAAUUUGGAGAAUGGCCAUUGGGACCUCAACAUGGUUUUGGAAGAAUUAUGCGAUGGAAUCUGGAGAAGUCUCCAGAGAGAAUGGCUAGUGGAGAUAUAGAAGUUGUAUUUUCACUCUCUGAUAGCCCAUUUACACGUAAUAUGUGGAAUUAUCAGUUUCGAUUAACUUACAGAUUGAUUUUACGAGAAAAAGAACUCCAUUUCAAUGUAAACGUAUAUAAUACUAACAAAGAGGCUUCCUUCUAUUUCACUCUUCUACUUCACACCUACUUCAAAGUUCCUGACGUACGGCGUUGCCAAAUUACUGGACUUUCUGGAUGUACAUACGUUGAUAAACUUCGCGAUUGUAACAUCUACCAUGAAAAUCGUGAUGCAGUAGUUGUAACAGAGCAAACAGAUAGAAUUUAUAGGAAUACAUCACAAGAGCAUAUUAUAACAAAUGUAGUUUCUGGUAGAAAAAUGCGUAUUCAGAAGUACAAUUUCCCAGAUACAGUUGUCUGGAAUCCUUGGGCGGAGAAGGCAAAAGAACUGCCUGAUUUUGGACCUGAAGAGUGGCCAAACAUGUUAUGCUUGGAGGCAGGCAGAGUGACACAUCCUAUAGUACUUCAGCCGGGUACUGCUUUUGAGGCAAGCCAAAGUCUACAAGUUAUGUAAUAACUGACUGUAAGUGAAACACGACUGGGAUCUCCUCAUGAUGUCCUUAGAAAUUAGUUUUUGGUAAAAUGGGCACUAUAAAUGGAGUUAGCUGAAGUCUUGCAUACCUAUGGGAAUGAUUGUCAGAAAAAAUAUAAUUUUACCGUUGAUUUGGGUUGACAAUUUUAUAGGAAUUACUUUUUGGUAACAUUAUUAAUUCAUAUUUUUCUUUACAAAUUUUACUGAUGUUAUUUCAUUUUUAUAAUCCAACUUCUCAAAUUGAGAGAAAAGUAUUUUGACACUUCUCCUAACAACACUCAUUUAUUCUGUUGAUAUUUAUUUUUUUAUUUAUAUUUUGGGUAUUGAAAUGGAUGUUGUUAAUUUGUCCUCAAUUUCAGUAAAUUCAAAUUUCUUUGAAAUGAAGAUAAAUGCAAUUAAAACAUCCAUGUACAUAUGAAAUAACUUUCUAUUGAAAAAUAGAAAUGAUUUCAUUUUUCAAGAAACAGUGAAGAGUUUUUUAGCUUUUUUAAUUAUGUUUUCUAGAUUUUUUCCUAUUUCCAGAAUUCCUGAUGUUGGUUUUUAUAUAAAAUCCAAUUUAACGAAAACUGGAUUCUAUCAAUCAAUAGAUGAUAUUUAAUAAAAUAGCGAGUAUUAGCUUUAUUGAAGGUGAAAGAUAAGUUUUGGUUAUUUUGUAUUCCUGCUACUUCUAACCAUUUUUACCAAGAACGAUUUUUUGAAGAAUUCAGAGGAUUAUUAUAUGCCAUUCCAUUUUUACUAGUUUUGGAGGUUAAUGAAAGUGUUCAAUUGAAAUUUUUUUUAUUGCUUGUGAUUUUUAUCCACAACAGAAUUAGCCUUCAUAAUAUAUGAUUUUUAUUAUUAUUUUGUGCAAUAGGAUAUUAUUUAUAAUCAAAAAUUUUUCUUAUAGCCAAUGUGAUUGUUAGAAACAGCUUUUUAAAUAAAGUAUUGAGGAUGAA